AGACGGGUAGCGGGCGGCAGCCUGAGCCUGGAGGAAGGAAAGGAACCCGAAAAAGAAAGGAAAAUCGAGGCAGUGUAAUUCCCCCGCCCUUGCCAGGGCUGAGUCACGGAGCCCAUGUGACGGGCAGACUCCAGUCAGCUGCUUCAUCCCCACCCGGGACAGCUUACUGUGGUCAGGCGUCCGGACCAGCGGCCAGGGGCUGUCGGCGGGGGCUGCGCUGAGGGAUGAGGGUCGGUUGCCACCGGGAGCUGCUGUUGCUGCUGCUAGUGGUUGGGAUGCCUGCCUCCCUUGCAGGAUCCCAGCCCCAGCAACAACGCAAGUGGCCUGUGCCUUACAGGCGUUUUGAUUACCGUCCGAAAACAGAUCCCUAUUGUCAAGCUCGUUACACUUUCUGUCCUACUGGCUGUCCCAUUCCAGCAAUGAAGGAUGAGGAUGUCAUUGAAGUCUAUCGAUUACAAGCUCCAGUGUGGGAAUUCAAAUAUGGGGAUCUGCUUGGACAUUUGAAUAUUAUGCAUGAUGCUGUUGGCUUCAAGAGCUCUCUAACUGGCAAAAACUACACAAUGGAAUGGUAUGAACUCUUCCAGCUUGGGAAUUGCACAUUUCCACAUCUCCGGCCUGACAUGGAUGCACCAUUCUGGUGUAAUCAGGGAGCUGCAUGCUUUUAUGAAGGAAUAGAUGAUGUACACUGGAAGGAAAAUGGGACCUUGGUUCUGGUGACCACUAUAUCAGGAACAAUGUUUAACCAAAUGGCAAAAUGGGUACAAUAUGACAACGAAACUGGGAUAUACUAUGAAACCUGGACAGUUCGAGCAAGUCCUGACAAGCAUGCGGUAGUGUGGUUUGAAUCUUAUGAAUGCUCGAAAUUUAUAUUAAGAACAUAUCAGAAGUUGGCCGAUUUAGGGGCUGUAUUUAAUAAGAUACAAACAAAUUAUACCAGCAUUACUUUGUUUACCGGAGAACCCAUUUAUUUGGGGAAUGAAACAUCUAUUUUUGGACCUCUAGGAAACAAGACAGUGGCUGCAGCCAUAAGAGAUUUCUACUAUCCAUUCAAAUCUCAUCAGUCUAUUGAAGAGUUCUUCUUAAAUGUCUUAAAAAUAGUAGAUCAGGUUGUCUUAAACCACCAGUUUUACCUCUUUUACAACUUAGACUACUGGCUUUUACCUAUAAAGUUUCCUUACAUCAAAAUAACUUAUGAAGAGAUCCCUUUACCUAAUGAAGACAAUACAUGGGUUGGUUUGUAAUUAUUUCAUUAGGUGUAGGUUCUGUGGAUAUUCAUUGACUGUUCUGCCCUGCCUUGGGUGAAGAAAGAGUCCCCUUUCUUGCUAGCUGCAUUACAGCCCCAGAAUUCUCAAGGGGUUUGGACCUGUCAUUGGCCACAUGGUUGCAAGUCAUCUGCUUCUUCUUAAAGAGGGGAGUCUACAGGAGCUGGUUACCAGCAGACACAGUGGCUUGCUAGCUUGACUCCAUCAAAAAUGUACCUUCUACCCAUUGGAACACUGUACAUUUCAUAUUUGAUGGAACUGGGACCAGUUGUCCUGGAACAUGAUGAAGUCAGCAGACAUGGAAAUGGGUUGAGAGUUGUUGGUAGAUUACAGCUGUCAUGCUGAUGACUCCUUUGUUAGAAGGUGGUGGCGGUGGUGUUGUUUAUUUUUGUUUUGCUUUUGGACAGCCUGACACCUUACCAGAAUUACUAAACAAAGCACAGAUAAGGCUGGCUCCCCUCAGAUCCAACUUAAGUCUCUUACACAAAUUAAAGAAGGAUUGGAACUGACUAGCCAACACAAAUCAUGCUAGGGCCCAUAGUCAACAUGGUUUCUGUAAAGGGAAAUCGUGUCUUACUAAUCUAUUAGAGUUCUUUGAAGGGAUCAACAAACAUGUGGACAAGGGGGAUCCACUGGACAGAGUGUACUUAGAUUUCCAGAAA